AUGACUUCUUUCUCACAAAUUUCCAAGUUAACCUUUAAAAAUUUAAAUAAAAAAACUAUUCUUUAUGUUUGGAUUAUUAACAUUAAUGAAAAAGGUAAUUCAUUGUGGUUCAUUACUGGCCAAGACAGUAGUAGUUGUAUUCAAAUUGUAGUCAAAAAUAAAGAACUAAUCUCACAACUAAAAGAAAUUAGAAAAGCAGAAAAAGACUCAAAAAAAGAAGAAGAACUAGAAAUUGAAUUGACUAAGUUUCAAUUAAUUAAUGCUAAUAGUUCUAAUAAAGAUUUACCCUUUCCUUUGGUUAACGUUAAAGAGGAUAAUAAAUAUCGUUAUCGUUAUUUAGAUUUGCGCAAUUCCAGUAGUAAGAAAUUACUGCUUAUUAAAAAUAAAUUUUGCUAUGAAUUAAGAGGAUUUUUUCAUAAAAGAGGGUUUAUCGACAUUGAAACCCCAAUUUUGUCGCAAAGUUCCCCCGAAGGUGCUAAAUGUUUUGUAGUUCCCUCCAACCUCAAAGGUCGUUGCUAUACUUUGCCUCAAUCACCUCAAGUUUUUAAGCAGUUAUUAAUGGUCGGUGGCUUAGGAAAAUACUAUCAAAUUGCUAAAUCUUUUCGGAAUGAGGAUGCCCGCAGUAAUCGGCAAAUCGAAUUUUCUCAAUUAGAUUUAGAGUUAAGUUUUACUUCAGUAAAAGAAAUUAAAAAACUGGUCGAAAAAUUACUCAGAACUGUUUUAAAAAAAACCUUUGGCUACCAAAUAAAAAUUCCUUUUCUUUCUUUAACCUACCAAGAAUAUAAUAAAGAAACUAAAAAAUAUGAAUCUUUUCGCCAUCCUUUUACUAUUCCCCAAAAAAAAUAUAUCAAGUCUUUGUUGAAUAAUAAAAUUAAACCGGAAAAAAUAAUUUGUGAGGCUUUUGAUUUAGUUCUGAAUGGGGAAGAAAUACUAAGUGGUAGUAUCCGGAUUCACCAAGCCGAAUUGCAAUCCAAAGUGUUGCAAAUAUUAGGCUAUAAUGAAGAACAAAGAGCAAAGAAUUUUGGGUAUUUUUUACAAGCCUUAGAAUUUGCUGCACCCCCGCACGGAGGAAUUGGUCUCGGAAUUGACCGCCUAUUAGCCACCAUUUUACAAGUCAAAAGUUUAAAGGAAUUAAUGGCCUUUCCUAAAAAUGUUGAUGGCGCCUGUUCUUUAACCGGAACUCCUGAUUUAAUAGGGGAUGCUCUUUAA